AUGUCGAUUAAAGGAUGUCAAUGUUCUAGAAAGGUAGAGGAUAAAGAGUCAAUUCAGUGCUUUCAAUGUCAACUUGCUUUUCACCAAGACUGUGUCGGAAUAAGUAAAUCAACCUUCAAAGUUAUCAGUUCCAUGUCUAAUAUUAAGUGGUUUUGUGAUGAAUGCAUGAAACUACUUCUUGACGUAAAGUCACUAAUUAGAGAUGUACGUGAUAGCAAUGAUGCGCUCAACACCAAAAUUGACAAAAUUGAUGAAUUGAACAUUUUGUUGAGGAGUGAACUUGAAGUUAUCAAAGGUUUAAUUCAGAAAAAUGUUGGUAAGGCAGAAAGAUUCGAUGGCACUGAUUUGAGUACUGAGCUGUGUAGCCUUAAAGAUGAUUUAAACAAAAGUUUGGCUGAUGCUGUCCGAUGUGAAGUAAAGAAAAAUAUUGAACUAGUUAAUGAUGAGGUUAAAAGUUUUCAAAAAACUUUAACCAAUGUUAAUGACAUGAAAGAGAGAGAGAAUAACAUAAUGAUGUUCAAUUUGCAAGAAAGUGAUGAUGAUAAAGAUAGAGUCAAAGGAAUUAUUAAAAAGUUAUCCAGUGAUGUCAAGGACCAGGAUAUUAAAAAAAUUGUUAGACUGGGUCCAAAAGCAGAAACUAAAAUUAGACCAGUACUGAUUGAAAUGAGGAGUUAUGCAAUUAAAGAAUUGGUCUUUAAAAAUUCGUUUAAAUUAAAAACUAUGCAUGAAAAUCUUGAUAAAGUAUGGAUCAGUCAUGUUUUAACAGUUGAUCAACGUGCGGAGUUAAAAAAGCUAAUUGAUGAAGCCAAAUCAAGAAAAGUCUCAUGCCCGAGUUUUUUAUUCAAGGUGAGGGGGAACGGUGGGAAAGUGACGGAUUGUCAAACUCAAAGAACAUCCGGCAAAGUGAUUUUUGAGGAAAGUAUUGCUGAUGGUCCUGGUGGUGGAUGUUUGUUCAGUUGUAGUGAUUAUGAUAGUGAUGGGGUCAGCAGCGAUGCUGCAGUAUAUCAGAUCGAAAAGCCAAUGACAUUCGAUUGUUCAAAAUAA